GCCGGGGACACGGUGGGGGUGCUGCGCCGGCAGGAUGGGACCCUCCACUUCUUCGUCAAUGGGGCGGCCCAAGGCCCCGCCGCAUGGAACGUGCCCCCCAACGUCUACGCCGUCGUCGACCUCUAUGGGCAAGCGGCGCAGGCCACCAUUGUGGAGGAGGGGGAGACCCCCUUGUGCCCCCCAUCUCCUUGCCCCCCGGCGGCUGGGGCCGGGUCCUCCCCUCCAGCAGGGGGCGCCGCGGGGGAGCUGCGCUUCCACCGGCGGCACGGCGCCAACGCGCUGCUCACCAACGGCGGGCGCACGGCGCUGCGCCAGAACUGCCGCGCCGAGUUCAACGACGCCAUCGUCGUCUCCAACCGGGCGCUGCGGGAUGGGGAGCUCUUUGAGAUCGUCAUCCAGAAGAUGGUGGAUCGAUGGUCGGGCUCCAUCGAGGCCGGGGUCACCGCCAUCCGCCCGGAGGACCUGGAGUUCCCCAACACCAUGACAGACAUUGACUACGACACCUGGAUGCUGAGCGGGACGGCGGUGAUGCAGGACGGGAACACGCUGCGGAACAACUACGGCUGCGACCUGGACGCGCUGGGCACGGGGUCCCGCAUCGGGAUGAUGAGGACGGCGAGGGGGGAUCUGCGUUACUUCAUCGAUGGGGCUGACCAGGGGGUGGCGUGCUCGGGGCUGCCCCAUGAGGUCUACGCCGUGGUGGAUCUCUAUGGGCAGUGCGUGCAGGUGUCCCUCACCGGGGCCUCGGGCCCCACAGACAACAGCCUGACCCCCAACUCCGCCCCCGACAAGGCCUGCGCCCUCCCCUCGCCAG